CAGUCUUAGAAAAUCUGCUGGAGGCAGCGUGGCGUCUUUUUAAUUAGUGUGCUCCGCCUGUAACUGCAUUCUUAUUUUAUUUUUUUUUCUGCGGUAGGACGAGGAUACUAAUAACAUUUAGUCACAAGAUUAUCUGUUUUUUUAAAACCCCGAACGGUUUUGCGCGCUGUGCUAACAUUAGCAAGCGAACGCUACAGUGAAUUAGCUAGCUACCGAUCACUGGCACGUUUAUCGCCAUUUUGCGCAUUUCAACACUACAGAACUCGGGCGGUGGUUACGCAGUAACAGUAUGGCAGAAGCAGACAGACCAGGGAAGCUGUUCAUCGGCGGUCUGAACACCGAGACCAAUGAGAAGGCCCUCGAACAGUACUUCAGCAAAUAUGGCCGGAUUGUGGAAGUUCUUUUGAUGAAAGACCGAGAAACGAACAAAUCAAGAGGCUUUGCUUUUGUCACUUUUGAAAGUCCGGCUGAUGCAAAGGAUGCAGCACGUGAGAUGAAUGGAAAGUCUCUUGAUGGCAAGCAAAUAAAAGUGGAGCAAGCUACAAAGCCUCAGUUUGAGUCUGCAGGCAGGCGAGGACCACCACCGCCCCUACACUCACGCAGUCGCGGUCCACCCAGGGGACCCAGAGGAUCCAGGGGUGCCCCUAGUGGAAUGAGGGGCCCACCGUCCAGAGACUAUGAUAACGUAGGGAAUGUAGAACCCUUCUUUAAAGGGAUGUCAUCCAGAGGUCCCCCACCAAUGAAGAGAGGGCCCCCGGUCCGUAAUGGAGGUCCCCCACCCAAGAGGUCAGCCCCCUCUGGCCCCAUGAGCAGACCACCCAUGUCCAGGGACAGAGAUCCCUAUGGUCCACCUCCUCCUCGCAGAGACUCAAUGAUGUCCAGGAGGGAUGACUACCCAUCGCCAAGAGAUGACCAUUACAGCUCAAAGGAGAGCUACUCCAGUCGGGACUAUAAUUCCAGGGAUUCAAGGGACUACGCACCCCCUCCUAGAGAUUAUUCCUAUCGAGAAUACUCUGGUUCCAACUCUCGUGACGAAUAUGGCUCAGCAUCAAGGGGAUACAGCGAUCGUGAUAACUAUGGGGGAGGCCGUGAACCCAGAAGCUACAUGGAUCGUCCUAGUGGUGGCUCCUAUCGGGACUCCUAUGAGGGUUACGGUAACUCUCGCAGCGCCCCGCCUUCACGGGGCCCCCCACCAUCCUAUGGUGGGAGCAGUGGAAGCAGUCGUUAUGACGACUAUGGAAGCAGUUCCCGGGAUGGCUAUGGCAGUCGUGACAGUUACCCCAGCAGUCGGAGUGAACCAUAUCCGCCUAGUCGUGGUCAACGAAUGGGCAGGCAGGAGAGGGGGCCAGCUCCCCCUGUCGAGAGAGGCUACCCUCCUCGUGAUUCUUACAGCAGUUCAAGUCGUGGAGCUCCUCGUGGUGGCCGCGGCGGCAGUCGAGUGGAUAGAGGAAUGGCUCGCAACAGAUACUGAAAUGGACAUGAAAAUCUCAUCAAAGUCAACAUUACGCCUGUAUGCGCAGUUAAAACAUGUGUUGUGGGGGAAUUUGAAAAUUAGCCAUGUCUUAUUUAGGGAUUAUGACGUUUUAGCCUUUCAGCUGUUUGUUCUUUUCUCUUUUUACUUCUAAUUGUAAAGGCUUCUUUUUUUUUUUUUUUUUUUAAUUUUUCUCUGCCCAUGUAAUGGUACAGUUACCAAGUGAGUGUUAGUUUUUGUACGUUACGUGUUUUUGAAGUCUGCAAUGCCAUUAGUUCUGGCUUCCCUUCACUAAUAAAGUUUUUAGUCAGAUCUUGACCUCCGCUGAUC